CCAAAACAAAGAGCUUUUUUGUCAGAUCUCACUGUGAACCUCGCCGGCUGCAUUGUCGUAUCUCCAAAUUUUUAAGAAACAGGGUUCGUACGGGUGCUUGAAAUUCUUGAAAGUGUUUGAAUUUUGAUGAUGUGUUUUCAAGGUUAUAAAAGUGCUUACAUUUUGGAUAAAGUGCUUUAAAAUGCUUGAAAUUGUAACUGUAUUUAUUUCACAACCAAUACCUAAUCUGCAUGAAUAGUUUGUUAUUUAAAUGGAGAAAUAAAAUGUUGGAGAUCGUAAAAUGAAACCUGCUGUGCUCGCUUGUGCAUGUGUGACUGCGAUCUGCCAGUCUAUUCCUUGUGUCACUCCGCCCCCAUGAAACCACUACUGCACCAUGCCGGGAGGUUGUCGUUUUAAUGAACGUUGGCUGGAAGAUGCCAAAUAUAAACGGGGGCAAACACCAUGAGUUGCCGCUUGUAAAGUCUGCAAAAAAGACGUGCAGCUUUUCACAGUGGGCGAGUCUGCUCUCUCAAGUCACAUGAAAGGAAAAAAGCAUCAAGACCUGAUGCGAAGUCAUCUGAAUCCAGGUCCAGUAGUAAGCGAUUUUUUUGGGCAGAAAAGCACAGCUACAUCCAUCCAUACAACCAGCAGGGACAGUACAGUGGAAGCAGCCGGUGGAGUAGCUCCUCUAACAUCCACAUCCACUCCUGCAGUCCAGUCUUCUAAUCCACAUCAGGCAACCAGCAAGACUACAAGCAUCAUAAAAUCAUUUGUGAGCUCUAAUCCAACACUUCAAGCAGAAAUAUGCUGGGCAACAGCCACUAUUCUUAUCAUGUGAGAAUGCAGCAGAUGUUUUCAGAACCAUGUUUCCUGACAGUGACAUUGCAAAGCAGUUUACUUGUGGGGAGAGAAAAGCAGCAUACCUCACGACAUUUGGGAUUGCUCCUCAUUUCUCUUCCCUAAUGAAGGCCAAAGCCAAGAAAGAGUCUGAAUAUGUAUUUCUGUUUGAUGAAAGUCUAAAUAGGGAAAUUGACAAAAGCCAGCUUGACAUGCACAUACGAUUUUGGAAUGAUAACCAAGUGAACUCAAGGUACCUAACAUAAUUUUUCAUGGGUCAUCACACUGCAGAACAAAUGCAUGAGAAGGUUGAAAAAGUGUGUUCAGAUAUAGGCUUUCAGAACCUGAUUCAGCUGUCAAUGGAUGGCCCAAAUGUUAAUUUCACUAGCCCAGCAGAACAUUGACAAACAAACAGGCAAGAAAAUGUUAAAUGUUGGAAGUUAUGGAUUGCAUAUACUAAUGUUAAGUAUAUGCUUCAGAGCAGGGUGUGCAUCCACAGACUGGGAGCUGGGAAAUGCUCUGACAAACCUUAAAUGGCUAUUCAAGGAUGUUCCAGCUCGUAGGGAGGACUACACAGAAGUCACUGGUUGCACAUCCUUCCCUCUUGACUUCUGUAGUCAUCGGUGGCUGGAAAAUGUGGAGGUGGCUGAGCGUGCCCUUCAGAUUUGUCCCUCUCUGAAAAUGUACAUUAGUGCUGCUAAAAUGAAAACCGUUACAGAAUCACUUACAAAGUCUUUCAAGACGGCUGAGAAGAUUGUGCAAGAUGCCCUCUUCCCAGCAAAGCUGAAAUUCUUAGUAUUGGUAGCUAAGGAAAUCACACCAUUUUUGAAGUUGUACCAGAUGCACAAACCCAUGUUGCGGUUUAUGUGCGGUGAUCUCACAAAUAUGCUGAAGGGUCUAAUGGAGAAGUUUGUCAAGCCCAGUGUCAUGAAGGAUGCAACUACCCCUGUAAAAUGUUUUCAAGUUGAUUAUGCUAACUCAGUCAACCGCAUUGAUGUCACCAAAAUGAGAAUCGGAUUUGUCACAGAGCGAGCCCUAGAAGAGCACAUGAAACAAAACUCCUCUGAGAAGCUGAGCCUGGAGUUCAGACAGAACUGCAAGCUGUUUUUACUGAAGAUGGUGUCUAAACUGUUUGAAAAGGCACCACUUAAAUAUCCGCUUGUUAGAGGCCUGUCUGUCCUUGAUCCAAGGGUGCUCCUCAAAAACAAAGAGACAAGUGUCAGAAAACUCAACACUGUUUUACGACUCCUCGUGGAAUCUGGCCGCAUUGAAGAACAAAGCUGUGAUGACAUUCUGAGGGAGUUUGGGCAAUUUUAUGACCACAAUCUGAUGUGUGCGUCAGAUUCAUUUAGGAAUUUCAACCCACAGAUGGGAAGGUUGGAUGAAUUCUACCAUGAACAUUUAUCAAACAAGGUAGAGUUUCGCCAUCUCUGGGAGGUAGUAAAACUUGUCCUGGUCCUCUCCCAUGGUCAAGCCUCUGUUGAGAGAGGGUUUUCUGUUAACAAAGAGGUAAUGGUGGAUAACCUGAAAGAGGAUUCUCUUAUUGCUCAGCGGAUCAUUCAUGACCAUGUAAAUCAUAUUGGAGGGCUGCUCAACAUAGUCUACACGAAGGAGCUACUCCUCUCUGCAGCUGCUACCAGGCAGAAAUACCACAAUUAUCUGGAUGACCAAAAACAUUGAAAAAAAGAUCAGCAGACUGCUCAGAAGAGAAAGCUGAGAUCAAGGCCAAAAAGAAGAGAAUGGAGGAGGACAUAAGGGUCCUUCUGAAAUCUGCAGAUAGUAAUGCAGAGAAAGGUGAAUCGUUUGGAAAACUCAGCUUUAUCUCGAAAUCAAAUGGUCUUCGCAGAGCUGCAAAAGAAAAACAAAAAAGUCUGGAGGCUGUAGAAAAACAGCUAAACGACAAGCUGAAGGAGCUCAAAGACACUCCUUAAUAGGUCCUUAAUGUAUUAUAUGGCCUUAACGUGCAAUGUUUGGUGUUUAGUGCAGUUUUUUGUUUUGUUUUAUUUAACAGAGUGAUAAAGGCCAAUUAAGUGGAUUUGUUUAGUUUUGCAGUAUUUUGUGUUGUUUGGUGUAUUUAUUUAUAAAAAUUGUUACAGGAUAAUGUCCACCAAAGUCAACUUUAAGUUGAUUUUGUUUACAUUUACACAUCUUGUUGAGUUGAUUGUUAAAUUAAGUUAAAUAUGCACUUGAGGUUAUAUACCAUAUACAUAAAGUGCAACUUUUGGCCUAAUCUGUAAAAAGCACAUGUAGCACUUUUGGCCGCAUACUUUAGCACUAUUUUGUGUUGUUAAUUCUGUGUUUGACAACUCAAGUUGUUUUGAUUUGCACAAUAUUGUUAAAAAGGUCAAUGAGGUGAAUCUGAUUGACUAACUACCUCAAAGACGAAUGUUUGCAUUUUUGUAUUUUAAAUAAAUUAAUUGAAAGUGAAGUAAACCUGUAGAGUCAUUUUGUUUGGGGUAAUAGACUCUGUGCACCAGCGUAGUGACAAACUUCCGCUUUUG